AUGGUGGACCCUCAGCUGCCUCGAGCCUCCUGGCCGGUGGGCCGUAUAACUAAGACCAUGCCUGGGAUCGAUGGUCGUGUUAGAUCAGUGGAGAUCCAGAACCCAGGGAAGCAGGCUCAGGAGACCCAGAGCAGCACAGCAGAGCUGAUCGCAGGCCUGGUGCAGCUGGUGCCCUUGGUCAGUACAGCCCAGCUUUCCCAGGAGGCCAUGGAGGCUCUGCUGGUGCUGCACCUGCCUGAGACCAUUGAGCUGUGGAACCCUCAGGCCCCCAUUGAAACCUUCUGGGACAUCAGCUCCCUGGUUCUCUUCCUGAUCUGCAAGAAGCUGAUUGGUCACCAGAUGGUGAACAGUACAGAGGUGUUGAAGUGGCUGAGGGAGAUCCUUAUCUGCAGGAACAAGUUCCUCCUAAAGAACAAGGAGUGUGCCACGCAGGGCAGUGGAAUCCCCAUCUGCAGACAGGCCCAGACCAAACUGGAGGUGUGUCUAUACAUGUUUCUGUGGAGCCCUGACACCGAGGCCGUGCUGGUGGCCAUGUCCUGUUUCAGACACCUGUGUGAGGAGGCUGACAUCCGCUGUUCCGCUGACGAGGUGCUCGUCCAGAGCAUCCUGCCCAACUACGCCACCUUCACAGAGUUCGCCUCCGUCAGCAACAUAAUGGCCACCGGACGUUUCACCCUGCAGAAGAGAGUGAUGGCCUUGUUGAGAAGGAUAGAGCACCCCACUGCAGGAAACACUGAGGCAUGGGAGGACACGCAUGCAAAAUGGGAGCAGGACACCAAACAGAUUCUGAACUUUCCCAAAAACAAGGAGUGGAUCAACAUGACAGGCUUCCUGUGUGCUCUGGGUGGGGUGUGUCUGUCCCAGCACAACAAGCCCUGUGGCCCCACCACCUACAGCCCCCCCAUGGGCCCCAUGAGCGAACGCAAGUACUCUAUGGUCUCUGUGGGCGUCUGUGAGGUCUCCAACGCUGCAGCUGGAGCCUCAGCCACCUGCUCCUCCUCUUCCUCCACUGAAACCCCCCUGGGCAGGUUCCUGGACCGCCUGCUAGUCCUGCUGGUAUGUGGUCAUGAGAGGGUGGGUCUACACGUCCGCACCAACGUCAAGGAGCUGCUGGGGCUGGAGCUCAGCCCGGUCCUGUACCACAUGCUCUUCAACAAGCUAAGGAACAGCAUCGGACGCUUCUUCGACACAGGGGCCACAGGUCCCCAUCAAUGACACUAACACACAGUUUGUGGAGCAGACCAUUGCCAUCAUGAAGAACCUACUGGAUAACCAUGCUGAGGGCAGCUCAGAGCAC